AUGGCAUUUUGUCUUCCUACGCCAUAUCGGAGGCGGACCUCAAACAUGAUCCACUAUAAUACCUCGAAACUCAAUAUGCCGCGAGAGGCACUUGGUGGAAGUUGGUGCGGUCACGGAGCGAGGGCGCAGCACAAUAUAUGUCGAACUCCAAGGCCACUUCCGCCGUUCGCUUCAUUUAGCCUUCGCGCUGGCAUCGUAGCACAAUACCACUAUCCUGUGUAUAUACGGCAUAACCACGAUAUAUGA